CUGUGGGGCACUAGGACCAUGAAGACCAGCAGCAGGAUGCUAAUGUUAGCAUCAGUAUGCUAGCAGAGAGACAAGUGUUGUCACAGGGAUUCAUGAACUACCUUUUUUAAUUGUAUUACUUGGAUUGAGACUCAGUCAUGUCUCAGGUGGAGAAGAAGGCUGGGCUGCUGAGGAGGACGUCGUCCUCUAAGAAACCCUUGAAAGAGAAGGUGGUGCUGAUGUAUGAUGAGAUUUUUGCUAAAGAGGACCCAGCCAAGAACAACCCACGGUUCUGGGAUGAGCUGUUUCUUAUGAAGGUGAACCUGGAGUACCUGGAGACCAAGUUGGAGACUGUCGAUGGGGAGGAAGUUCAGAAGAUCCAGGAUAACAUCAACUCUCUGUUCCACCACUGUGUCCAGGCUCUGGGAGAGGAGCACCAGAUCAAAGUAGUCAAUGCCCUGCAGACCCUCUGUGCACUUUUUCGAGGGGUUCACCAGAAGAACAAGUCUGCGUCUGGCUUCGACAUCAUCAACAUGCUCAUGGGCUUCGACAAAGCUGAGCAGAGGAUGAAGGACCUGAUGGAGAGACUGGACAGCCUUCUUUGUGGAGAAGGCUCAGAGAGUCUGAAGAGCCUUUGUCUCAAACUGCUGCUGUGUCUGGUGACGGUAACAGACAAUAUUAGUCAGAACACUAUACUGGAAUAUGUGAUGAUCAACAGCAUCUUUGAAGCCAUUCUACAGAUUCUGUCAGAUGUGUCCAGUAGAGGGCAGCAUGGUUAUGACGCUGUGGUCCUCCUGGCCCUGCUGGUCAACUACAGGAAAUAUGAGUCUGUGAAUCCAUACAUCGUGAAGCUCUCCAUUGUGGACGAUGAGCCAACACUGGAUGGAAUGGGUAUGGUGGUCCACCACGCUCUGACAGAAUAUAACAGGCAGUACAAAGACAAGGAGGAGGAGAACCAGGGUGGGUUCUUCUCCACCCUGACUAGUAUGGUGGGCAGCAUGUUUAUAGCCGACGCAGAUGAGAAACUCUCUGUACAGACCAAUGAGGCGAUUCUGCUGGCUCUCUAUGAGGCUGUGCACCUCAACCGCAACUUCAUCACUGUAUUGGCACAGAGCCACCCUGAGAUGGACAUCCCAACCACACCCACCACCCCCACUCCAACCACACCUACAACUCCACUGGGCACAACACCGCCAUCCUUAGACAUGAUGAACAACCCAGAGCUGCCUCUGGAUCCCAACCUGCAGACCAGCAACCUUCUCAUCACCUUCCUCAAGUACGCCUCCAUUGUAAUGCAGGACACUAAAGAUGAGCAUCGACUCAACAGUGCCAGACUGUGCCUCAUCAUCCUCACCUGCAUAGCCGAGGAUCAGUACGCUGAUGCCUUUCUUCAUGAUGACAACAUGAACUUCAGAGUCAAUCUCCACAGAAUGCCGAUGAGGCACAGAAAAAAAGCAGUGGACAAGAACAUCCCUUCACGCCCGCUGGUGUGUGCAGUUCUAGAUCUGAUGGUGGAGUUUAUUGUCACUCAUAUGAUGAAGGAUUUCCCAAUGGAUUUAUACUUGCGCUGUGUGCAGAUCAUCCACAAACUCCUGUGCUAUCAGAAGAAGUGCAGAAUCCGAUUACACUACACCUGGAGAGAGCUCUGGUCAGCGCUCAUCAACCUGCUGAAGUUCCUCCUGUCCAAUGAGACGACGCUGCUGGCCAAGCACAACAUCUUCCAUCUGGCUUUACUGGUGGUGAACCUGUUCAACAUGUUUAUAACGUACGGCGACACGUUCCUGCCCACCUCCAACAGCUACGACGAGCUGUACUAUGAAAUCGUACGAAUGCACCAGGUGUUCGACAACCUCUACUGUAUGGUUCUGAGAGUAUCAACCAACACGGGCCAGUGGAAAGAGCCAGCCAGCAAAGUCACGCAUGCCCUUGUCAACGUUCGGGCCAUCGUAAACCAUUUUAAUCCCAAGAUUGAGUCGUACGCUUCUGUGAACCACAUCUCCCAGCUCUCAGAAGAACAGGUGUUGGAGGUGGUUCGGUCCAACUACGACACACUGACGCUCAAACUGCAGGAUGGUUUAGACCAGUUUGAGAGAUACUCGGAGCAGCCCAAAGAGGCCGCCUUCUUCAAGGAGCUGGUGCGCUCCAUCAGUCUGAAUGUGAGGAAGAACGUCUCUCUGAACACGCUGAGUCAGGACGUCCUGCUUAAAGAGUUCUCCACCAUCUCCUGAGACUCACACACACACACUGACACAUACACAUCCAGCCUCCUCCCCCCUCCAGACAGACAUACCCAGUGCAUUUGUGUGCGCAUGGACAUGAACACAUAUUUUCACACAAACAAAACCAACAAGUACGAAUUGUUCUUUCCCUCACCUCCCUCAUGUCACGAUGGAAACAAACACUAACAGGCUGGAGGCACCCUAAGGAAGGACCUGAAAACUCUCCGGACUCGUUGAUAUGUGUGUGAUCAUUUAAAGGAAGUGCCCGUAUUGCACUGUUCCCUGUGUGCAAACUGCAGUAUUGGCUGGACUGUUAACUGACACAUGAGAGUUUGGAUUGAACAGAAUUCAAGUAUUUUUAACCCAGGUGUUCAUCUCCAAAGGUUCUGAUAAUGUUGUAGGUAAUCCUGCUGUUUAAACGCAUAACGGUACAGAUUUAUGAUUUAUCUCUCCAGUAAUUAUUUCAGAGGACUUUGACUUUAAACUUGAUGUCCUAGCUAACGCCAGUGAUGGUCAACCUGAGCCUCUUUUAGUUUGGACCCUGCUGUAAAUCCUCUUUCAUUUGAUCAUUAACUCUUUCUUUUUGGCUGAUGAUGGUCGUGGGAAUGUUAUUGUAAAUCUCUACAUGUUCGAAACAAAUGUACAAGUAUUUUGAAUUUACUUGUUGGCGAAACGGUAGAACUUUAAGCUAUAGUUAUCUUGAGAAUGCUCUGGAGUGAUGAAAAACAUUUUUAAUGUUGUGGCAAACCUUUUUCUUUUGAUCAAAGCCAUGACUAACAUUCACUACUGCACGCACACGAGUCACUGUCUCUUUCAGUUCAAUAAAUGUGUCUGAAUGUGUUGAGUUUGAAGGAAAACUGUUCAACGGUUAUGAUCCAUUGAAGUGAUUAUUGAUGGUGUGUCUUUAGCACAUUGAGUCAGUUUAGCCAGGAAACACAAGGAACUCUUAACAUUUGAAAUGGUUAUUAUUGACUGGAAGCAGAUCUUAAUUAUGCAAUUUUCUUCAAGUGUAGGGUCUUGUUUCUUUCAUCUCUUAACUCCUGUAGGUUUAUUUAUGUUUCUUUUUUAAAUAAAAGUUUGUUUCCUAAUACUCAA